AUGUGCCAGCCCUGUGCCAGCCGCGGGGCUAAGAAUAAUCGCACUGCUUUCCAAGGGUCUCAUUUGAGCCUCAGAAUGGAGUGGCUUGGGAGGGAGCGCACUCGUCUUCGGGCAGGGGAGGGUCGGGGCUCUCCCACAGAAGAUGGCACCUGGGCAGCAUCUUCAAGGAAGCACGGGGCGGACUUCUUCAAGUUACAGGCAACAUCUUCCAGGGAUGAACCAGCUGCUUUUACUCGCUGGACCUUGACUCUGAGAAUCUGCUCGCGCAAGUGCCUCAUCCGCGGCUUCUCCUGCUUCCACAGCGACACGCGGAGAGCGGAAGGAAGACCAGGACCUCCGGGGAAAGGGGGCGAAUUUAGGGCCAAUGGAGGCCUGGAUCUUGAUGACUGGAGAGGAUCAGAACUCGUGCCCAAGAGGCGGGCUGUGUGCCGGGCGGGCUGCGGGCGCUCUCCCCUCGUGGCCGAGGGAUCCGGAGGUUCCCCUUUGCGGCACCUCUUGUCAGGAAGCCGAGUUAGGCGGCGAAAGGAGGGAGGAUUCGCUGGGAGGCUCGGGCCCCCAGAGCGCGGCCGCCGACGGGCGGGAGAAGCGGGAUCAUUCCUCGGGGGUUACCUGGCAAGUUUCCCAUUGGAGCGGAUUAUCGGAGCCGGGGAGCCAAGCUUCCGGUCAAACCGAGGGAAGGGGGGGCGGGUGGACCGGGAGGAGACCCUUCCCGUCGCCGCCUCGGGGGCCAAGCGCCCACGCGCUCCCCCGGAGCUUGGCUCGGUGGUUGCCGGGAAACCCUGCCGGAGCUUCCGCGGCGUUCCGCCGUUGCUAGGAGACGAGACGACGCCUUCCCGAGCGAGCCAGCGCUUCCCGGGCUCCGGGGCAGGCAGCGCACCGGAGGGGGGCGCCGCGCCGAGGAUGUCGGGCCUCCAGGACGAGUAUGUGUGGAGGCUGAGCCGGCUCCUGGGUCCGGGGCCCGCCAGCGGAGGAGAGCCCCGCCCCCCCAGCUCGGACUCCAUCUGCACCGAGGACUUCGCCGCCCACUUCCAAGAGGCCACGGUGGAGGCCGAGCUGCGGGGGGGGCGGCAGGAAGGGGCCUGCCCCCGGAGCCCCGAGUCCCUGGGGGGCCAUAUCGCGCGGCUGAGCCGGGGCUCCCCCCUCAGCUCCUGGGGCCGCCAGCAGCCCCCGGGGUGGGACGGGGCCGCCGGGGGUUGCUGUCCCGGCCAGGCGCUGCCAGAGGCCCCCGGCCCCAGGCUGGGCCCUGUGGGGGGGCGCGCUCCGCCCCGCUUGGGAGGCCCCUUCCCGGAGAAGUGGGGAGCCGGAGGGGAGGCUGGAGCGGCCCCAGCGGGAAGCCAGAGCCGGGGCGUCCACUCUCGCGCCCCCCUUUCCCCUUCUCCGCAUCACGGAAGGGCCCCCUGGGACCCGGAGCCGCCCCUGAAGCUCCCGCCGCACGGGCCAGCCCGGGAGGCCUCGGCCCGGAGGCAGCUGUCGCGGCCCUUGGCAGGAACCCAGGAUCCCAGGCUGCCUCUGAGCAGGUGGCCCGCAUCUCCCUGGGAACCGGAGCCUCCCCUCCCGUCCUGCCCGCUGGGAUACCGAGCUCCCGGCUCCCACAGAGAGAAGCCCAGCCCUAGCCACCCCAAGGGGCUUAAAAAAGAACAGGAGAUCCCAGGGGACCCCAAGCCCUGGAAGUGGAGUCAGGACCUGGAAAGGAUGAAGGACGGCGGCCCUGGCCGGCUCGUAGCGAGGGGGGCCCACGCCGGACGCCGGGCAGAUUCUGGAAGGAGUGGCCAACGCCAGCAGCCGAGCCCUGAGACCCCUGGCAGCGGGGAGGCCCCCGGGCCCGGGAGUCCUGGGGCCGAGCUGGAGCUCCUCGGGGCCCUGAUCGGGGCAGCCCGCCGCCGCCUCUGGGCCGUGGAUCGGCAAGCCGAAAGCCUGCAGGAGGCCGUCCGGGAGCUGCAAAGGUUGGCCCCCCCACCCGGCGGCCGCCAGGAUCCAGAAUCACCCGCGGCAGGUCAGACCCGCGAUGGCCACGGAGGAGCAGGUCUCCCUGGCCGCCGCCUGCAGGGCCUCGGGGGAGAGCAGGCCCCAUCGCCGUCCUUAACAAGGACCCCGGGCAGAGACCCCUGGGACGGAGACUGAGGAGCCCAAGGGCCGGCCCUGGGGACGCCAACGCCGGAGGAGGCCCGAGCCUCCCAUCCACAAGAGGGCAUCCCGCCGCUGUUUGAAGAUCCCGACGGCGGGGAGCUCACUACCUCCCCGGCUUUGGAGUGGCCCAAAUCUUUGCAGCUCCCCCUGACCCUCCCUCCCACCCAUGGGUCCUGUUUCUGCCUUCAGGGCUCAGGCAGGACAAAACUCCUCCCCCCUUGCCACGGUUAGCCUUUCAAAUGCUGGGAGACGGCUCUCCCGGCUCCCCGAGUUCUUCGAACCCCCAUCUCUGAUUCUCCAACCCUCCCUUUCCGGCCUCUGUUAGAGGCUCCUCGGCUGAUCGACGCUCUCCUGACCAGAUGUGCGGUCUGACCAGGAAAGAGAUUCCCAUCCCCCUCCUCCCGAGCCUGGGGUCUCAUCGGUGGCUGCCUUGUCACCAUGAGAAUCUAGCCUAAGCUUGCAGCCUCCUAAGACCCCCAGAUCUUUUUCUUGCACAAUGCAGCAGCGUUUUCAGACUGGCCCCUGAGAGGACGGAGCCCGGGGCCCUGAUCCAGGUUCUGGCCCCUCCUCUGGUACCUGGGCCAGGUCACUCCCUCAGCCUUCAUUUCUUCCUCUAUCAAAUGAAGAGUCUGGCCUGUGGCGGUCCUUCCGUUAAGUUCUGUUGCACCUUUUCACUGACAAGCAACCCCCCUCCCCCCAUUCCCACCCGACCUCGCCUCCCCAAUAAGAGAAAACAAAAUCCUUGCCUGAAAUGUCCAAGGCCUCCCCCUCCCCCCGCCGGGGGCCGUUCUGUGUCUCCCGCGCCCCGGGCCCACGCCCGCCUUGAAAAGCUUCGUUUUUACUGCAUUUGUCUUUGGGGAACCUCGCUCUGCCCCCCCCUCAGGACCCCGAAUUGGACCCAGGGUCCUCAGCCCUUCUGGCCCUGACUGCCGCCCGAAAGCCCGACGGGGACAAGGAGGCCGCUCCCGCCUUCGUCUGAGCCUUUGGUUGGAACAAGACGGGGCUGAGGGGCUGAUCCCUGGGGAGGGGGGCGAGAGACCCCCAGAGGACCACUCUGCAAGGGGAGGGGGAGGACUCCCUGGCGGGCAUUGUCUGGCCCAUAGGAUACGCAAGAAACCAAGCCCUCAGAGCACCUGGGACCCCCAGAGCCCUUUCAGCCUCACACUUCCUGUUCUAAGGUCUCCUCUGACACCCCCUGUUCUCAGCCCCCUCCCACCUCUGACACCCCCUGUUCUCAGCCCCCUCUCCCCCACCAUUUCACACUCUCACUAUCCCACCAUCAUCCUGCCCUCCCCAUCGCUUCUCCAAAUCUGGCCCCAAGUCCUUCCCUAAAUUGGGGCAUAAAAAUUAACCCGCUGAACCCCCAAACUUUCUGACCCAUAAUCCCCUACCUCCCGAUGGGCCGGGAUUGUGUAGCUGGGGAGACAGUGAGGCUGUGGGGUUCGAAGUGGCCACAAGAGGGCACCCGAGGAGGCGCCCGGGGACUGCCCGCCCAGGAGACGGGGAGAGAUGGGGGGGGUUCUCCGCCUCCUUCCCUCCCCCCACACAGGGCGGCCGAGCUGCGCCAAUCGCAUCCAGAGGGCUUCAGCCCCCCUCGGGCCCCCCGGAUGCUGGAAUGGCAGCUUGGGAGGAUUCGGGACCAGAGCCCCUCUGCAGGCCGACAAUGCGGCGUUACAGGGUGGGAGGGGAGGGGGGACUCGUUUUUGGAGAGAUCUCUGGUCUUAGGGUAAAGAAGGUCGCCUGUAGGGCUCAGGAGGGCCCCUGUUCCCUCAAAAAUCGGAUAUCCCCGUUCUAAGCUCCCUCACAGCCCUGACACCCCCUGUUCUCAGCCCCCUCCCACCCUGACACCGCCGUUGUAAGGCCCUCCCCUGACACCCCCUGUUCUCAGCCCCCUCCCACCCUGACACCGCCGUUCUAAGGCCCUCCCACUCUAAUCUGUUUUCAGGUUCCCCCUUAAGUCACAUUUGUCCAAGCAGAGCCAUGGGGCCCGGCCCAGGCCAGACGGAGGACUCCCCCCAUCCCCCCCCAAGGGCUGCAGCCUGUGGUGGAAGCUGUCGGGGCAGCCCCUCCCUCCAGCCCAUCCUCCCAGACGCCUCCCUGCUGCUGCAGCCUCCCUCAGGUGUGGCCCCACAUGGGGGGGCUGCUCGGGCCUCCCCCCGUUUCUCUGCCGUGUCUGGCUGGGCCACCAGGCUCAGGGGCGAAUCAGGGAAUGACUUCUCCAUUCGGGGGCUCUGUCGGUGGCCCCCGGAGUCCCCACAGCGAUGGGUGGGGGAAGGGCCAGGAUUUCUGGGGGUGUCUCUGCAUCUCCAUCCCCUCACGCCGCGUCUCUGAGGGGGUGGGGGGAGGGUCUCCGUCUCUCACAGUGACCGUGGGGUCUGUGCCCCCCCCAGGGCAGAGAGUCGGCAGCCCCCGCCCCGCACCCCAGAUCGGUCUGUGACGGGAUUCUCUUUGGGGUCCUUAGCCUCCCCUCCCCUGAACCUGGGCUCCUGGAGGAGGGGAGGGGGUCGGUUAGGGGCCCGGCCCAGGUUAAUGAGGGCAGACCGUUCCCAUAAACAAUGGGUCCCAGGCCCCUAAUUAGCCCAUUGUCUCAGCCCCCACUGGGAGGGAGGGGGCAGGAAGGGAGGGGGCAGGGAGGGAGGGGCUAGGGAGGGAGGAAGGGGCUAGGGCGGGGCUGGGAAGGGAGGGGACAGGGUGGGGGCAGGGAGGGGGGAGGGAGGGAGAGGCAGGGUGCGUCUUUUGCUGAAGCAGCACAAAAUCUCUGUCCAGGUCACAUCUUUCCCCCCUCCCCCGCCCCAGUCCAUCUCCCGGCCGCCAUCUUGCCCGUUGCCAGGCUCAUUGAGGCACGGAAUGAGGUGAUUGGGGCAGCCCAUUCAUCUCCAUUUCUUUAUCUUGGGAAAAUAAACAGGCCCUUCCAGGAAUUGUAUCCUGAGAGACGGAGGCCGGGGCUGAGGACGGGGCUCCGGCAGCCGCCCGUGCCUGGCCCUCCCGGGAGACCGAGGCCCCUGAGGACUGGCCCUCCCGGGAGACCGGGGCCCCUGAGGACUGGCCCUCCCGGGAGACCGAGGCCCCGGCUGAGGACUGGGCUCCAGCAGCCGCCGUUGCCUGGCUCCCCUGACUCAGACACCCCAUCCCUCGGGCACAUGGCGCCUCUCCUAGAUAAGUCAGGGGGGAGAGAGAGAGACUGAGGCCGGAGGAGUCCUGGGAUCUGGGGCUCCGGGGCAAGAGCUGCCGGGUCCAAACGGGGCCCUUGGCAUUUGGGACCCGGGGCCCAGGAGCUGCCCUGACCUGCUGCCACAGAGAAUCCGGGUGACCGGGCCAGCUUGUCCUGGGAGGACUCGGGCUGACCCUCUUCCCAGCCUCCCUCGAGCACCGGUUCAGGUUCUAACAUGGGAAUCACCGGAGUCUGAGGUGGAACUGGCCGGAACCUGGAGUGCCUGACCCGGGAGCCCCAGGAAACGCUGGCUGACACGGGAGUGCCGGAGGAGCACGAGGACAGAGGGCACCGUUACUCUGGGGCACGGAGCAGUCAGGGACCUCACUGAGAAACAGUCUCCCAGCCCCACCUUCCUUAUCCCGAGCCACAGGACCACCGGGUGCCGGAGCUAGAGAGGACCUGGAACACUGAAUAUUAGCUAUAGGAACAGCCUCAGAGCAGGAAGGCCCUUAGAACCCGGAAGUCAGAGCUGGGAUGGUUUUAGAACCUGAAAAUCUGAACCUUGAAUGUCAGAUCUCAAAGGUGAAAUGUGAAUGUCAGGGUAGGAAGGACCUGGAACACCGAAUAUUAGGUUUAACCUCCGGUGCCAGAUCUUGAACCUUGAAUUUCAGAGCAGGAAGAACCUAGAACAUUGAAUCUCAGAUAAGGGAAAGACUUCAAGAACCCUGAAUGUCAGAACAAGAAGGACCCGGGACACAGAACCCUGGAUAUGGAAAGGGCCUUAGAAGUCACAAUAUCAGAGCAGGAAGGCCUGAAGGGUAGAGCUGGGUUCCCAGUGCAGGGGGUGCCUUGGAGCCUGGGCUGUCAGAGCAGGAGGGCCCUGCCGCUGUAGCCUUGUUUCUUCAGUUCCCCCACCCGUAAAAAGCCCCGGGCGGGCGGACAGCACUGGGAGCGGGGGCAGGGCCCGGAGCCCCCCCUUCCUCUUCAGCUCUGUCAGCCCCGUUUGGCUGAUCGGCAGCGGGGAGAGCUGGGCCCCAGAACUGGCAAGGACACCUUUGACCAAAACCAACACCCGGGGUCACAACCUGAAAGAUGAGAAGGGGGAGACCGUGCGGUCCAGCCCUCGGGCUGCAGAAGGGGAAACUGAGGUACAAGAAAGACUUGCCUCCGAGUCAGACUAAGAGCCCAGACUCUGGUUCCCGAGCCAGGGCUUUCCCACACAUUACCCAGCAAUGGACAGCUUUUAAAAAUGAGAAAGGGGGAGCCCGGGGCCUGUUUGCAGCCCGCAGGAGAAGGGGGGGCUCGGGGCUGGCUCUCUGGGUGGUCCUGGGAACUCGCUGGGCCUCCUAAAGAACAGAUGAUUCCUGGGGCCCCCCCAGCCCUGGCCCCACUUCCCAUCAGCCCUCAGGAGAGGGGGCCAGACACGGCCCGACCCUGGCUGCCCGAACCAGGUGUGAAGGGCCUUUAAAAUGAACAAUUCCGGUCCCGGCCACCGCUGCUCUGGGGGGCUGCUACCGCCCCGCCCCGGGCAGGAGUUAAUUAAAGGGGCGCUCAGGCCUGGGCCCUGCCCCUUCCUCCGCCGGGCCCCCCCUCCCUGAAGGCAGGGUCCCCGGCAGGACCAGGUGCCAAGGUGAGGACAGAAGGGAGAGGCCCCGGGCUGGGAGCAGGAAAGAGACCCCAGCUGGUCUGCCCCUCAUUUUCCCAGAAUCCAUUUCACUUUGUUGCCCCCCCAGGGGUUGUCUUCUGCCCCCCCUUUUUUUUAUUCCCAUCUCUUAGCAUGUACAUAGUAGUUGCUUAAUAAAUAAGUAAAAGGA